CAAAUGUUCACGAGUGUACGCGGAAACGGCAGGUCAAUAUGGGUUCAUAUUAGCUGAAUAAUGAAAUAAAGAAAUGUUUAUACUACAUAUAUUUAUAUUGUAAAAAACAAGAAAGCGCUUGUGUAAUAAAGUGGUCAAGUUCAUAAAUGGCAGCGUGGAAUGAAUAUUAAUUGAUUAAGUGUUUCAACGUUUGUUUUGAAUUUGCAAUAAACAUACAUACAGACGCGUACUACAUGAACCCGCAUGCAAAUUAAGUAACUGGAUUAUUCCAAUAAACCGUAUAGCGAAAGCGAUAACUAAACAUGCCUGAUAAGGAUAACUAUGACUCAAUGGAGAUUGAGACCAUUGAUAACAGCAGUUCGGCAAAUGGCAAUCUCUUGGGCCAAGAGAAAUUCAAAUUACACUUCAGCAAUGUUUUCUAUACAGCUAAACAAAACAAUAAACUGGUUACGAUACUUAAUGACAUAUGUGGAGAAUUCCAAUCAGGCCGCCUAACCGCAGUUCUGGGGCCUUCGGGUGCGGGGAAGACUUCGAUUCUCAAUGUGCUAUCAGGCUUCAAGGCGAGCGGUGUGUCUGGCAAAAUCACAUUUAAUGGAAAAGAGCGAAAUAGCUUGGCAUAUCGCAAAGUAUCUUGUUACAUUCCUCAAAAUUUCGCACUGCUCGAUUUGCUAACGGUACAGGAGACUAUGUGUGACUCGGUAGAUCUUAAAUUGUCGCCAAAAACCAGCUCUGAAGAAAAAGAAAAAAUUAUCGAUGAUAUUAUUCGGAUACUCAAUAUGGAGAAAUGCCGCAACAGAUUGGUGCGAAAUCUUUCUGGUGGGGAGCGAAAACGUCUAUCUAUAGCUAUAGAAUUGGUUACAAAUCCUCCGGUUAUGUUUUUUGAUGAGCCCACAAGUGGCUUGGAUAGUGUGUCUAGCUUGCAGAUAAUCAACUAUUUGAAACGAUUGGCGCUUGAUGGUCGGAUAAUUGUGUGUGUUAUUCAUCAACCAAGUUCGAAACUUAUGAAACUGUUCGAUGAUGUUAUAGUUAUGUCGCGAGGACAUGUUGUGUAUUCAGGACCAAAAGUGGAUAUGAUUCCGACUUUCGAGGAAGCGGGCUUUGCAUUUCCAGAAUAUUACAACCCAGCCGAUUUCGCUUUAGAAGUCAGCAGUGAAGAGCACAAUGAACAGUUAUUGAGUUUGAUACAGACAAAUAAGAACCGUUAUUGCGAACAAACCCCACCACCCAAUGAAAGCACGACUAAUGCAAUAAAUGAAAAUACCAAAAUUUUGAAUCACUCAAAUAAUCACACCACAAUUGAUGUGCAGCCAUCCAGUGGCACCAAAAGUAGACGAUCGACACAUGAACGUUGCAGAUUCGCAACCAUGCGUCCCAAAGCCAAAGUAGGGGUCUGCAGACAAAUGGUCAUACUCACACGGAGAUCUCUGCGCACAAUGUCAAGAAACUUGAUAGCAGUACAGUUACGUGUGAUAGUGCAUGUUAUAGUUGCAGUUCUUGUGGGGGCAGUAUUUUGGGAUAUCGGCAAUGACGGCGCCAGGACUUUAACAAAUAUCUCCUGUAUUUUUUUCAUCAUAAUGUUUAUUUUCUUUGGCAACGCAAUGCCAUCGAUAUUACUAUGUCCUCAGGACACACCAGUUUUUAUACGUGAGUACUUAAACGGUUGGUAUUCGCUUAGAGCGUACUAUGCUUCAAAACUCACCUCAGAUCUUCCGAUGCUCUUGAUUUGUCCAACUUUAUUCACGACGAUAAUUUACUUUAUGACUAGUCAGCCAGAUGAUAUUGUACGAUUCGCCAUGUGCUGGGUAAUUAGUAUAAUUUUGGCCAUUGUGGGUCACUUUAUGGGAUUAGCGUUUGGGUCGACAUUCGAAUUACAGAUGGCAAUCCUUUUAGUACCUGGAAUAUCGAUUCCUUUUAUGAUUUUUUCCGGUUUUUUUAUCCGUAUUAAUGAGGUGUCAUCUAUUUUCCGGCCAUUGUGUGAUAUAUCCUUCUACCGUUAUACCAUGGAAGCACUUAUUCAAGCAAUUUAUGGGUAUGGUCGUCCCGAUUUGCAGUGUCAUAGAGAAUUUUGUUACCUUAAAUCACCAACGAAACUGCUUAAGGAGUUAGAUAUGCAAGGCGACUUAUAUGGCCACGAUAUUUUCGUGCUUUCCAUUUGGAUUAUAUUCUUUAUGGUGUUAUUUUUUAUAAGCUUGGUUUUACGUGUUAAACGUGAGCAAUAAGUUUAUAGAAUUUUCGUUUAAUUAGCUAUUUUUAUAUUAACGCAAUAAAAGAAGUAGUAGAAAUAUGAGAAUAAGUACUAAGUAGGAGAAUGAACAAAUGUUUUAUGUAACAUUUUCAUAUAUAAACAAUGUAAUUGAUUUAACUUUUUAUGCAAAAUAAGGUUAAUGAUAUUUUUCAAACCUUCUCUAGAAGGACAUAUUUGGAUUAUUAAAAUAGUUCAAAACUAGUAAAAUUCAAAAAUGUACAAAUAUAUAUUUUAUCAAUUUUUGUUUUGUUUGAUUGAUUAUUUUCUACAACUAUUUUUUGAUAUUAAAUUUCCAUAAUGUAAUCACUUUAGAGUCUAUUAGAGGAUGGUGCUAAUGACAAAAUCAAUUGUGUUGAUUAAAUUUCAAUACCAAUAUUUAAUAAGUUUAUAGACUCAGGCGAUUUCUAUUGUAAUAUUAAAUAAAUGAUUGUUGUUUAGAAGCAAAUUUUUCAUAUAAGACAUACAUAAGUACAUCAUAGCAAUUAUAUUUAACAACUUAAGAGCUCAUGGAUAAUAUUUAAAAUAAUGCAGUAAUCUAAUUGUUCUUCAGUCACUGGCAUACUUUUAUAUAUAGAACGAUCAUAUUAUUAACUUUGUGGUAUAUCCUUACAAUAAUCCUCUAAACUAAUCCUUUAAUGCGAUUAUAUAAAACGUACUUUGCCUAGCAAAGAAUAUUGAGAGAAUGGACUCCAUCGUUCUAAUCUAUAGAGAUUGAUGAUAUUUCCAUGGAAUGUGGCUCGUCUUCGUUGCUCUCUGAAUCUCUUGGUUGUACCGAUUUUUCAUUUGAUUGCCCGAUCACACUCGCUGCCGCCGCGCUUGUACUUGGUCCAAUCUCAUUUGCACUGUUUGAAGCAGCCAACUCGCUUUCGUUUAAACUCAUAUCGGCUGUAGUUGAUGCCAAAUGUAAAUUUGUUAUACUUUCAGCAUCGGUUGUCGCGGAUUUUGUUGGCACUUUCAUAUCCGAUUGACAGGACAACACAUAGUCACUACAUAGGUAUUCACUUAAUUCCAUUUCAAUGUCAUCAUCUGAUGAGGUAUCCGCUGCUAUAACGUUUGCAUUCGCAGAAUUAUUCACUUCACUGUCGCUGUUUCCCGUUUUCCCACUACGUUUAUUUUCAAUGGUUUUCAGCAAUGCUUUUGCCUCAGAUUUCCGCUACAAAUUCACGGGUUUGUAAGCAGAAACAAAUGUAAAAUUCAAAAAUUAGUAUUAAAUUGUGGUAUAAAUACCUCAUCGGAUUCGAGACAUUUAUAAGCAUAAUGUGAUGCCUUGUCAAAUUGGCCUUUUCCUUCGUAAUAGUUCGCCAAUGUCAUGAAACCAUGGUAUAAACUUUGUUUGUCUGUUGCUGCUCUCUCGUCAUCGCAAUACAUUAUAUAACACUGAACAGCAUCUUCGAUCUCUCCCCUUUUUUCAUGUAGACCAGCUAAUUUGCACAUAGCAACUCCUUCUAUGUCGCCCACAUCGCAAGCUUUCCAAUAACACUUGAUAGCAUUUUCGAAUUUUUCUAGUUUUUCGUACGUUUCUCCUAAAGCCACAAGCAUUCUGCUAUCAUAUGGACGUAAUUGGUGUGCAAUUUUGAAAUAAUACAAACUGUAGUAAUGCAUUUUGAGGAUUUCAUAUGAUUGACCCAAGCCAUACCAGGCGCGGUAGUCUCGCUUAUUUACUUCUAAAUAAGGGGAUAUUAAUUAUUCAAAGAUUUUCAGAGAAAACAUUGUUAACUUACCCACCGCCUUACGAUAACUUUGUAUAGCGGCAUUUGUAUUUUUCAGUUCCAUAAACUCGUGACCCAUUAAUGUCCACGCUGACAAAUACUUCGGAUUUAAUUUAAGCGCGCGCUGAAAGUAGACAAUGGCCAUUUGAUGGUCUGAUCGAAUGCUAUAAUAGUUGCCUAAAAAUAUAAAAAUUAAAUAUUGUUAAGACUAUCAGUAUUGUUAAUUUACCAACAACGCAGCAGGUUUCUGGACAGUACUUAUUAAUACUAACUGCCUUAUGCGCUAGCUGUGCCAUUUCCGUCUUCAAUUCCUUUACAAAAAGCAAAUUCGAGUAUGUAUCCAUGUUUUCCAAGCGGUAUGGAUCGACUUCCUGUAGCGUUUGGAAAAUUUCAAUUGCUCUGUCCACAUCUUUUGAAUAAAAAGUAAGGUUAAUGGAAAGAAAUAUAAAUAUAUUAUAUUGAGAAUUUUAAUGUAAAAUCUGCAGUAUAAUCAAAUUUAUAUUACAGAAUAAAAAAAAAAGAUAUGAACCAACCUCUUUUGUUGUGAUAUGCCUGAGCCAUUUGGGAGGUAACAUAUACACUUUUACGAAAUCCUGCAUGUUGGAGAUCUUCGUAUGCUUUUAAACCUUCGUCAUUCAAGUACAUUUCAAUGUAGCUAUGUGCAACAAAAAAGUGACGCAUCCAAUGUCCUCCAAAAUUUAAAGACAGCAUCUUUUCUUUUUCCAGUAUGAGCGAUGCUAGCUCAACAUAAGCUGCCCAUAACAUUGGUGCUAGUCGGAUUGCAUGUACCAACAUUUGUAUUGCCACUUUAUUAAGAUUCAAUGAUUUUAAUACCACCCCAUAAAGAUAUAUUCCAUAACCAUCGAGGCGACCAUGCGAAUAUUCCGAACGAAGAACUGCCAACAGUUCUGUCAUAUCUCGUACGUGUCCUACAUCAUUCAAAUUCGAACGAUCUGUUGUAGAGUCCAAACGUUUUUUUUCUUUUGCCAAGAAGGUGGCAUAAAGAUGAAGGAAACGUGGAACAGACGAUUCACAAUUUCGCACAAAGUAUGCAGCUCGAUCAUACUCACGCACAUCAAAAUAACUCUUAGCGAGAAAAUAAUUAUCAUAUUCAGCUUGUGAUAUGCCCUCCAGAAAUUGACAACCUUCCUCAUUAUCAGACGGUAUGUUUUGUUUGCAACGAUUUGGAACAUCUCCAUCACAUUCGACAUCACUAAGGCCAUGGCUCAUUUCAGCGAGCCACUUAGCGCUUUGAAUUAGCCCCCGUUUUUGACAUUCGACAAUACCUCGACGAAGUUCUCGCUUUACGUCGGGCAAUGGGAUGUUAAAUAAAUCCUCCUCCAUGUUAAUCACAGCUUACAAUAAAUUUACUAUAUUAUUAAUACUUUUGCGAAUUCUCGUUUGACUUCGAAAUUGCCGCUCUUUCUUAAAAUGUUAGAAAUGCCAAAUUCAUAAAUCAAUGCUCUUCAAAAGAGAACCAUACAAUUUGACUGUCAACAGAGUUGCCAUUUCUUGAUUUUAGAUAGUUAUUUGUGGUGCCAAUACAGUUCUAUUUAAUAUUACAAAUAGGUGUAAUUAAUUGUAAUUAAAACAAAAUUAUUUAUACACAAAUUGUAAUAAGAAAGUAUUCAAUAAGCGUCGAAUCUUGCUGCCAUCAGAGUUAAUUAUCACUGGUUGAUACCUUGCAGAGAAUGUAGAAUUCUGCAUAAAAACUAUUUGGGUAGUUCUGAAAAGUGCUCCCAAGUUUCUAAUAUUUUAGUAGUCGUUUUGCAGAGAAUGUAAAAUAUAUGUAAUGUAUAUAAAUUGUAACAUAGGAGUAAUUACUAGUAUUUGCACGAAAAACUGGAAUUCUUAAAAAUUUGUUUUUUAAAGAAGUGAAAAUAUUCUCUAAAUAUGCGCAAAUAAAACGGCGUCAUGUUUCAAUGUCGAGUGCAUCAUUAUACCUGAACAAUGAUUUCUGAGCUGAUAAGAAAACAAAGCAACUGAAUACAUUUUGCUAUUUUGUACUUCGGCACUGAAAUUUAUAACUUCGCAAGUGUAACUUGAAACCAUAAAGCAGAAAAUUGCGUGUAUUCAGUCUUAAUUCCUGGGCAGAUUUACAAAUUUAUAAAACGAUGAAGGUAUCCUCAUUUUGGAUCUAUGUGCUUCUAAUCUCUAUAAAGGAAGUCGU